AUGCCGCAGUUGACCAGCCCUAGGUGUAACACUAAUCUCGGUUAUUUUGCCGCAGUUGUCACGAGAAACUGUGCUGAUCUGCAAAAAUCUGGUGAAACUGGAAUCAGUGGUGUGUACUCGAUCAACCCAGAUGAUGACGACCCUUUUGAUGUUUACUGUGACCAGCAAACAGACGGUGGAGGGUGGACAGUGAUCCAAAAGAGAUUGAACGGCUCGGUUAAUUUUAAACGUGGCUGGAAAUAUUACAAACAAGGGUUCGGCAACCUGAAUGGUGAGUUCUGGCUUGGACUGGACAAGAUGCACCGACUGACCAAGGAAGGAAAAAAUAGGCUUCGAGUAGAACUUGAGGACACUGAAGGAAACACUGCCUUUGCUGAAUACGACAUGUUUGCUGUGACGAGUGAGAGAGCCAAGUAUCAGCUAAGCCUGGGGGCUUACUCUAACUCUGGAACUGCUGGUGAUUCUUUUACCUAUCACCGUGGGGCUCCUUUUUCGACCAAGGAUCAAGAUAAUGACGAAGAUGACCGCCACUGUGCAGCUACCUUUAAAGGAGGAUGGUGGUACCAGACCUGUCGCCGAGCAAACCUGAAUGGUCUCUAUCAUCCCGGUCAACACGCUUCUCACGCUGAUGGCAUCAACUGGCGUGAUUGGAAGGGCGACUACUACUCCGCCAAAAGAUCUGAAAUGAAAAUAAGGCCGGCAGAUUUUCAGUAGAAAUAUAAUCUGUAAGCUGCUCGCAGAUUACUUAAUGUUGAAUAAAAUUAGAUUUCAUUCAAAUCUUUAUCCGAAUAUAUACAUAUAUAUAGAUAUCUAUUUGCCUCUUGAGAGAGAAUAAAGGAGCUUAGUCACAGUAUUUUGAGUUAUUUUGGCCACGUUCAA